AUGGUCCAAGGGGGAAAAAAAAACGGGGUCAGGGGCGGGGGAACCCCUGUUCGUGAAAACCAGAUGAGAAACAUGGAUGAGAGAACGAAACAGAUCGAUGCUGAUGACUUCAGGAAAGAGCCCCAAUGGGCAGAUGACGAGGAUAUCAAGGAGCCGCUGCGUAACGCCGUGUCGAGUACCGGGAAGGCCCUGGAUUUUGUCGACGGCUGGGCGAAUGAUGAUAUGGCCUUUUUCAUCUCUUAUAGAUCUCGGCAGCUCUUGUUCGAAGAGGCAAAGAAACAGAACAUUGUUCUCUGGGAAGGUCUGAUCUUCGCAUCCUUGCUGUUCCGUUGGAAUGGGCGCUAG